AAAAAUAUGUUGGGGCUGAACAAAACAUUAGGUGUUAGCAGCGUAAAAUCACAAUCAUUUUAUAUACUCUAAUAUUACUCUUAAUGUUAGUCUGAAUUACCUGACAUACUGUGGUUCAUUAGGCAUUUAUUAUUUUAAUGAUCUUCCCUUUCUGCCCAUUAUGUCUUUCUGUAGGAACUCAAACUAAAUGCUAGAAAAUAAGGAAAGAUCCAUCCAUCCAUCAUGAUGUUUGUGGGAACUCCUUUGGGUAGCAAUUCCUCCUCUCCUGUUCCAGCCCACAGCCCCAGUCCUGAUCGUCAUUCAGACGGUCCUUCCCCUGCUCUCCUGCCUCAGUCCCCUCCAUGUUGGGCAACACAGGCACGGUGCGACCUUGCCAAGGCAGAGGCAGAGCUGCGUCGCCUACAAGAGCGUCAUGCAACUGAGACUGAAUCUGUGAAGCGGGGUGUAGAGAGGGCCAUCCUGGGAGCGCGCAGAGAAGAGCGGCGCCUGCUGGAGAGGGUGGAACAGGACCAUCGGGACACUCAGCAGCAUCUGGAGCAGGUCCAGAGGGAGAACAUGGCAGCAGCCCGGGUCAGCCAGUCCCUGUUGGACCAAAGGCUCCGUAAACUGGCUCAACUUCAGCAUCAGAUUCAGGAGGUGGGUCAACAGUCACGUCUGGAGGAUGGUGGGCCAAACCAGAUGCUGAAGGACAUUGCAGAGUUCCUACAACCCUGGGAAGUCUCAGUUUCCCUAAAGAAAGUGAACUUCAAACCCAGCUCCCAACCUCAUGCUGUCAACUUCGGAGAUAUCCGUGUGCAAGAACAAAGCCUGUGCCUGCAUGUCGGAGGUUGUGGGCCACAGGGGCAGCUUUGUGCUCUCCAUUCACCGGAGACGCAGUGUGAAGACACAAACCAUCAAGGUGCUGGAGGAGAGAAGAGCAGCCUAGGACAGGGGUGGACCUCACCAACAGGCAGGGUUGCCAGAAAGAUCAGCCUCUCCACCCGGAGUGAUCUGGAAUCAGAAGAGGAACAAAACCUGUCCUCAACAAAGAUAUGUCGCUGGCUUCCAAAGUGUGAGCAGUCUGACUGGGAGUCAUCACAGGAUGACGAGAUGGAAUCAGCCUCUAUUCAGCCACAAGGAGAGGAUGCAUUUUUGGCUGUCCCUGCGGUACUUAUAAACAUGGAUACUGAAGGCAAGCAGCAGAUGUACAGGGUGAAUAGUAACGGAAAACACUACUCUCCCAAAAAUUUGAGGAAGUCGAUUACUGUGGUCUCUGGUAAGAAGCCGUCCCCCUCACCUGAACGAAGAUGGAAGCAUGCUAAGAGUCAAGUAAGUCGCUGCUUGAGUUUAGACAGCCAGGGUGGAGAUAGAGGAAAAGUGACUCAAGAUUCCAAUAGUAGACUUUUGAGGUACAGCAACAGUGCCCUAUCAACUCCCAGGAUGACUCCAAGAGCGCAUCUGACCAGCCAAAGCUGCCUAGACCUCACCUCCAGGGGGCGACCUCACUCUCGCCUCAGCCAGUCCUCUGACGAACACUCUAUAGGGACCCAUGGUGACUCUGGCCGAGCACCAUCCCCGACAGACAGCCUGGACUCCAGCUAUACUUUCAUUGUUAGCCCACCUCAUGACUACAGCAUGAACAGAGGCUCUCUGAACUACAAUUGCCGUCUAUCAAAGUCUGCAGUGGACUUGACACACAAGACUCGCCCGAUGAUCAGUGGUGGGACAAAUGAGCAAGUAGGAGUGUGGAACGUGAAGUGUAGCAACUUCAACUCCAUGUCGAGCUCAACCUCCCCAACUCUCAGUAGGGGGCCUAGGGUCUCUGACAUGGGGCAGACGCUCUCAUACCCUACAUAUAGAAAUCAUAAUAUUCUGCAUCAGCCACAGAAAAACAUCACAGUGGCUGGCUCAAAACAACCCCCGGUGGCUAGGUCUUUAUCCAUGCCCGUCAUAGAUGGUUCCACUCAGGAGCCAAAGAGAGGCAGAAGAGAGAGAGGAGAGCCAGCCCUGGUGGAGUUGGAGGAGGAGGUAGAAUCUUCCAUGACAGUAUUCAACCACAGAGGAAUCCAUUUGAUCAGGAAGUUUGGGAAGCAGGGUUCGGGUAAAGCAGAGCUUACGCUGCCAAGUGGUAUCCAUGCAACACCACAGGGCCAACUCUAUAUAGUGGACUGUGGAAAUGCACGUGUUCAGGUGACUGACCCUCGGGGGAAUGUCCUCCAGCAAGUGACCUCCCCAACUUCUGAUGGCACUGGCAGACGAUGUCGGAACUACUUUGACAUUGCCGUCAAUGCUAAGGGUUUGAUUGCACUAAGCUGUGCAGCAGAGCGGGCCCUGCUUGUCUUCAGCCGGCAUGGUCGCCUGCUCCAGACCUUUGGAGGGUCAGGGUUGGGCUCUGCAAAAGAUGAGCUUGAGGCUCCCAGGGGUGUGACCGUAACCAGGUUGGAUGAGUUCUUGGUAGCUGAUAUCCGGAAAGGUACCCUCAUUGCCUUAAAGCUUGACCCUAAGACAGGCUCCCGUCUUGAGCGCACAGUAGUGACCGGAUUCCACCGGCCUUACUUAGUGGCAGCAUGCUCGAGCUCAGGCAUGGUAGCUGUGUCCGAAAGGGGUAAUGAGACAGGUUGUGUGCCUUGCAUAAAAGUGCUAGAACCAGGCUGGAACACGGUGAGAGUUCUAGGUGUAUGUGCUGGUAUGGGACCAGUCCUUGCCUGCCCCUGGGGCAUCUCUAUAGAUACAGAUGGUAAUGUGCUGGUAGCGGACUGGGGGGAGCAGCACAGGGUCCUGUUAUACCCAGCACAGGGAGUCGGGUGGCCGAUAGUAACCCAGGGGUUGAGUAGUCCACGUGGACUGACCCUGCUACCUGAGGGCCAACUAGCUGUGUCUGACAGCAUGCACCAUUGCAUUAAGAUAUACCAGUACAAAGUGACCCAGGAGUAGAGAGAAUGUGUUGAUGUUUGAAGAUACAAGAAACUGUGGUAGGGUAACCAAUCACACCUGAGAUCUAGUGUGUAUUUAUUCUUAAUAAAACUAAUUUGGGUAAUUUUACUGCUGAACCGCAACUACAAUCAGAUGCAGCUCCUGUGCUGAUACUGUAAACUUCACUUGUGAAACCCAACUGCAUUUAGACUGACAAACAGCGUAUUGGUGUUUGGUCUAGCUGUACAUUAAAGGAGAAUUCCGGUCGAUUCCAACACUCUAGCUCUGUUGUUUUUAA